AAAAAAAAGAAAAGAAAAAAGGCACAAAAAAAGUGGAAACUUUUUUCCCUGUCCAUUCCACCAAGUCCUGAAAAAUCAAAAUGGAUUUAGAGAAAAAUUACCCGACUCCUCGGACCGGCAGGACAGGACAUGGAGGAGUGAAUCAGCUUGGGGGGGUUUUUGUGAAUGGACGGCCACUCCCCGAUGUAGUCCGCCAAAGGAUAGUGGAACUUGCUCAUCAAGGAGUCAGGCCCUGUGACAUCUCCAGGCAGCUUCGGGUCAGCCAUGGUUGUGUCAGCAAAAUUCUUGGCAGGUAUUAUGAAACGGGCAGCAUCAAGCCUGGGGUGAUUGGAGGAUCAAAACCAAAAGUUGCUACGCCCAAAGUGGUGGAAAAAAUCGCUGAAUAUAAACGCCAAAACCCCACCAUGUUUGCCUGGGAGAUCAGGGACCGGCUGCUGGCAGAGCGGGUGUGUGACAAUGACACGGUACCCAGCGUCAGCUCCAUCAACAGGAUCAUCCGGACAAAAGUACAGCAACCUCCCAACCAGCCGGUUCCCGCUUCCAGUCACAGCAUAGUGUCCACGGGCUCCGUGACGCAGGUGUCUUCGGUGAGCACGGACUCGGCUGGCUCCUCGUACUCCAUCAGCGGCAUCCUGGGCAUCACGUCCCCCAGCGCCGACACCAACAAGCGCAAGAGAGACGAAGGUAUUCAGGAGUCUCCAGUCCCGAAUGGCCACUCACUUCCGGGCAGAGAUUUCCUUCGGAAGCAGAUGCGGGGAGACCUGUUCACGCAGCAGCAGCUGGAGGUGCUGGACCGUGUGUUUGAGAGGCAGCACUACUCGGACAUCUUCACCACCACAGAGCCCAUCAAGCCUGAGCAGACCACUGAGUAUUCAGCCAUGGCCUCGCUGGCUGGAGGGCUGGACGACAUGAAGGCCAACCUGACCAGCCCCACCCCCGCCGACAUCGGGAGCACCGUGCCUGGGCCGCAGUCCUACCCCAUCGUGACAGGCCGCGACUUGGCGAGCACGACCCUCCCCGGGUACCCUCCACACGUCCCCCCCGCCGGACAGGGCAGCUACUCAGCGCCGACGCUGACAGGGAUGGUGCCGGGGAGUGAGUUUUCCGGGAGCCCCUACAGCCACCCUCAGUAUUCCACGUACAACGACUCCUGGAGGUUCCCCAACCCGGGGCUGCUUGGCUCCCCGUACUAUUACAGCGCCGCUGCCCGAGGAGCUGCCCCACCUGCAGCUGCUACUGCCUACGACCGUCACUGACUCUUGGAGACAGGCAGGCGCCAAGCACUUAUGACACAUAUCAUUGAGGGUGAUAGCCUCCCGGCCCCCACUGAAGACAGCCAGAGGGGCACCGCAAGACCAUCCCCAGCCACCCCUACUCGCCUGAAGCUCCCUCUCUCCCUUUUCCUGUCAGAGACUCUGGGGUCCUGUGGUAGGGCCACUGGACUUCUGGACGUUUGUCCAUAUCUGAGUCAAUUGAAGAGAUUCUCCCAACAGCGACUGGUCUCCACAAACCAACAGACAACGGCCACCCAGUGCAGCCUGCCAGCCCCCAGCUGCCUGCGCAUCGCCGCCCUGCCCACCCGAGGCCUGGGAAGGAGAGCUUGCUUUUGUUGCCUCAGCAGCACCCCUGUA